AUGUCAAAUCCCACCCCCAGCUACCCAGCCAUUGCCCAGCGUAAACAAGCACACCUUGAAUCGCAAAUUCCAGCAGAAUGGAAGCUUUCCGCUUCUCUGAUUCCCUCGGGAAUGCUCUCCUUGGAGGAUUCUAUUACCAACGCUAAGCAGUAUCAGCGGGUGAACGUGAUGGAUGUCCCCAGAAAAUGCGGUUUACUCACAGGCAAGGAAUUGGAAAUUACCGAGAACUUGGAUAUUCGGGGUCUCUUGCGUGUCAUCGCAGAAAAACGGUACACGACGGAAGAUGUGGUCAGAGCUUUCUGCAAGCGCGCGGCAAUCGCUCACCAAGUCACCCGCUGCUUGAGUGAACCGCUUUUUGACCGUGCCCUGCAACGGGCCAAAGACCUCGAUCUUCAUCUCCAGAAGAGUGGGAAGCCAAUCGGCCCCUUACACGGUCUGCCAGUGUCCGUCAAAGACUCUUUCCAUGUGAAAGGCGUCGACUCGACCACAGGCAUAGUCGGUCUCGCAUUCAAACCAGCUACGCAGAACUCGCCUCUAGUGGAUCUCCUCGAAUCGCUAGGCGCCGUGAUCAUCGGCAAGACCAAUGUUCCCCAGACCAUGGCCACAUUGGACAGCUGCAACUACCUCUUCGGUCGGACACUGAAUCCCCUUAACCGCCAGUGGACAGUGGGAGGCAGUACAGGCGGCGAAGGCGCUUUGAUCACCAUGCGUGGAUCCAUGGUCGGCUUUGGGACGGAUAUUGGCGGCAGUAUUCGUGUUCCAGCAAUGUGUAACGGCAUCUAUGGUUUCAAGCCCAGUGCCGGCCGCGUUCCCUUCGGAGGCCAGGAUGGGGGACAAAUGCCCGGCAAGGGAAGGGUGUCCCUGCAAGCGGUUGCUGGUCCCCUGGCGCGUUCAGUGGCUGAUCUAGGUGCUAUCAUGGAGGAAGUUGUGCCCCGCGCGGAGCUUUUUGGGGAGGAUUGUAUUCCCGGUCGAUGGAAUGGUGAAUUUCCUUUCCGGUUACCUGAGACGCAGGCUCGGAAUGUCACCAUCGGUGUACUUCGAUCGGACGGUAUCGUCGAGCCCCUGCCUCCUAUCGCCAAAGUAUUAGAUGAGGUGGCUCAGACACUACGCAAGACGCCCGGUAUCGAGGUGGUCGAGAUUCCUGUGCCAGCGGCGUUGACCAAAUGCCAGGGUCUGGCAGGCCGACUGAUGGGUGUAGACGGGGGAAUCGCCAUGAUGGACUUGCUAGAGAGUACAGGGGAACCGCUGAUUCCCUGGCUGCAGGGUCGAAUGAAGCGGGGACGGGAAUUGACGCUCUCACAGCUGGGCCAACUGCAGGCUCAGCGGUCUAUCGUCGAACGGGAGCUACUGAAGAUGUGGACUCUCAAUAGUGGAACUGGGCGUCGGAUUGAUGCUAUUAUCCACCCUGUGGCUCCGCACCCAGUUCCUGAGAUUGACCGCUAUAAUGCCGUUGGCUAUACGUCUAGCUUUGUCUUGCUGGAUUAUCCUGCGGGCACCAUUCCAGUACGUCCAUUCAGGGAGUCCGAUCUUGAAAGCGGAAAGGAAAUGGACGCGCCUGUGUUGGGAAGCUGGGAUAAGGCAAACCGACAGUUGUGGAACGAGAAAACGGUUGAUCGCCGGGUAUAUCUUGAUUCACCGCUGAGUAUACAGGUCGUGACCCCCAAGCAGCACGACUAUGAGCUGUUCCGAACUAUGGAGAUCAUUGAUAGGGCUGUCAGGGCGCCGGAUACAGAGAAGACAGCAGCAAAGCUGUAG